AUGAUGCAGCAUAUGACUCUUCUUGUUUCAUACCUACUUCUGGUCCAUUCAACUGCAGUUCCCCAAAUACUGGGAGUGAAGCACAUGGAUCACAAUAUGAAAUUGAAAGUUUUUUGAUUUUCCUCCUUUACCUGUUACAGAUUUGUUUGAGAAGGGCAAAGAUAUGAAAGGACUUGAAUUGCAUAAUGAUAGACUUUCAGCCCAUCGUAAACUGAGAUUCGAAGAUAAGGAUAUGCACAGUUUUCAAAUCAAUAAUAAUGUAGAUCUAGUUAUGGAAUCAAAUGGGUCACCAGUCAAUGAUGUCUCAUGUCGUAGAAACUCAGAAAUUGAAAUUGUUCAUCCUAACGUCCUUGAACCCAUAUCGAUGUCCAACAAUGUGGAGUACAAAACAGACAUAGUUAAUGGCCUAAGAAUAUCUGAUGCGCCAGAAACUCCGGUUAUGAAUGCUUUCCCAUCUCAAGGAGGGACUGUUAAUGAAGAAAGAGUAUCCGAAUGGCUCUGGACACUGCACCGCAUAGUUGUUGAUGUAGUUAGAACAGACAGUCAUCUUGAAUUCUAUGAAGAAACAAUAAAUUUGGCUAGAAUGUCAGAUAUCCUUGCCGUUUAUGCAUGGGUGGAUCCUGCAACAGGAUAUUGCCAAGGUAUGAGUGAUUUGCUGUCUCCCUUUGUUAUUCUUUUUGAGGAUAAUGCUGAUGCCUUUUGGUGCUUUGAGAUGCUUCUAAGGAGAAUGCGUGAAAACUUUCAGAUGGAAGGACCAACUGGUGUCAUGAAGCAGUUACAAGCUCUAUGGCAUAUUUUGGAACUCACAGAUAGGGAAGUAUUUGCUCAUCUGUCACAUAUAGGUGCUGAAAGCCUACAUUUCGCCUUUCGGAUGCUGCUGGUACUCUUCCGUCGGGAGUUGUCUUUCAAUGAGGCUCUUUGUAUGUGGGAGUAG